UUGUGUGUAGCUGAUAUGCACUAGUGACUAAACCGAAAGUCCAGGUACCUCCGUCAUAAGGCUAGGGUCGAAUCGAAUAUGGCGGAGGCCUUGAGUCGCUGUCCUCUGCCUGAUGGGAAGAUCUACCACUUCAAUGUCAUCUACAACCACGCCCGAUGUCGUCUGUCAGUCACCCCCGACACGAAACUGUCCCUUGCGUUUACUGAGAAGGUCGUGGCGACCUUAGAGUCGCUAGGCUAUGUGAACUGUUACUUCCACGACCGGGACUGUUUGCCAGGUAGAAAUGUUUUCAACGAGUUGUUCCGGGUGGUGGAGGGGUCGGACUACACAAUCGUUGUCCUCACGGCUGGGUUUGUCAAGGACUGUUGGAGCAGGUACACCCAACAGUCGACAUUCAAGAAGCUUCUUGACCAAGGACAGACCUACAAAUUUCUACCUUUAUCGGUCGCACUCCGAGAAUCUGAUCUGCCCCAGGAGCUGACCACGGAACAUAUUUUAUGUUUUGGUGAAAACUGGGAGAGUGAUGCCUCAGCGUGGAACCGACUGUCGCGCGUGUUCGAAGAGAAUAUACCGGUGCCAGAGGUGACGAGAGGACAGGACCUCCCCAGCAUAGAACCUAUCCAAGAAACCAACACCCCAGAUUGCCAAGUAAACUUCCCCGGGAGAGAUGACCUUGACCAUGCAAGUGAACUUCCUGAACCACAAGGUGAAGGACAACGUGGAGGUUUAGUAAAUCAGAAUCAGUCUCUUGGAGGCACUGAAGUAACUGUUGGGAGGAGUCAUUUUGCCAAUGUUAAUGAAACUAAUAGCGAGAACACUGGGGCGACUGAUGAAAUUGAUAGCGGGAGAACUGACAGAGUUGAUGAAACAACUGACAGGGUGAGAGAAGAAGAAGCGCAUUGUGGAAGUGAUGUAGAGAGGGAGUCAGUGGGUGAACCGAGCAAUGCCCAGAGUUACACUGACCACGCUCGAGACGGACUCAGCUUUCUGCAGUCUGAGACACAGGUAGAACAAGACGGAGAGCAGAACACAGAACGUCAGAACAUAGAAAGUCAGAAAACAGAACGUCAGAACAUAGAGAGUCAGAACAAACCUCGUCAGAACAUAGAAAACCAAGACACAACAAGCCAGAACUUUGAAAGCCUAAACACAAGCCAGAACACAGAACGUCAGAACAUAGAAACCCAAGACACAACAACCCAGAACACAGAACGUCAGAACAUAGAAGGGCAGACAGGUCAGGACAUUAGAAGUCAGACGGCAGAAAUCCAAAACACAGAAAAUCAAUUCACAGAAAUCCAGAACACAGAGAAUCAGAUCACGAGUAGUCAGAUCACUGAAGGUAUCUCCAUGGACCUGUCCAGGCGACAGUUGAUUGGGAGUAACCGGGAACAGCAGGGGAACACUGGGUUAGGAAAGACAAGCCAUGCCUAUCCAGGACAUGAUACAGGUCAGGGUCAGGGAACAGGCAGAUACUCUACAUCCCUGGAGACUGGUGCCCAGAAUAUCUCACCCCUUAGUCUACCUGAUACAAGUCUUGAAGAAGACCAGGGAGAUUUGGAAUCGUCAGUUGUAACACGACUUGAAAGAACGGGAAUGGCUGGGUUUCGACACGAUCUGGUCCAGACGAGGAGGAGAUCCACUGAUGACACGUCAGAGAAGCGUAUUAAUGAGACACGCUACCGGUACAGCGUUGACGUAACUUCUUCAAGUCACUAUUCGUUCAAGAAACAAGAUAUGGAGCAGUCUGUACACGAUGUAGACCAAACAAAACUGAAGCUACUAGAGAAUGAAACUCAAAAAGAUGGCUCUAGUCAAAAACAGGCUCCCGCUACAGCUAAUGAAGACGUUUCGUCCUCUGGGAAAAGCAGCAGUGGUAGAGUCAGGGGUAUAACAGAUGUGUCUUAUCAACAACCGGCACAUCAUCAAACCACCACGGAUCAGACACGUCCUUCUACCGAAAACACCUCCACCGUCAGGCAGCAAAUCACGAAAGUUGAUGAGGCGAGUGAGUUAGAGGCCGUCCUCUUCAGGGCGAGUCUUCCGUCCCUGGAAGAUUCUGGGAUUUCUGAGAGCGGGAGUUGGAGUAUGGAAGCUAGAACUGACUCUGAAAGUCUGCAGGAUUCAAGUCCGGAGGAAACAUUCAGUGGCGAUAACACAUUUGGCCAAGGCAUGCUGACCUCGUCAGAAAGAGGAACGCCUGAUGGUAGUGUCCAGGAAGUCAAGACGACAGAGCUCCAUGCCCAAAACAGACUUAAGGAACAUGAAGAUAAACCGGCAGCAGAUUUAGAAUUCCCGAGUAAUGCCGCUUGCAACAACCACCGAGAAACUGACGUGAAGAUGGCGAUUGGUGAACCUGGGGGUUCAAACCAUGACGAUUUAUCACCGGCAAGGGUUUCCGGACAUGACUGUUCUUUCGUUGAUCAAAAACUUCUUUGGAAGUCCUAAACGCCAGUGGGAGAACUCAAACAGACACCCGAUCAUUGUUACAGAAGCAGUCCGUUACAGAUACCAUCAGUCUUACGAACGAUGCGCUAGAACAAUUUCCGACAAGCCAAGAAUCCACGGCGCUAACACCAGGCAGUGAGAAAAUGGCAUCUCCACACAAGCUAACGUUGUUUGACGACAAAUGUCAGGAACACCGAAACUCCAGACAAACAAACACUGAGCUGAUUGAAAAACAUGAUCCUCAGAAUAAAACAUCAGAAAAGUCUCGACCACAGCAGGACACACAAGGUUCAGGAGCCGAUACACCAAGACCAAACGAUGAGUCAGCUAAUGCAGCAAGCGAUGUCAUGGUUAACCGGCUGUCUCAAGGAGGUUCUUCAGCAGAUGGAGAGCAGAUCAUCUACUCACGGAUACCGCUGACUGAUUAUGAACGUCGGGUUCAAGGUCAAGGUGUCGUUACAGGGAGAGGAAUAGAGGAGAUGCUUCAAGAAACAAGCCUCGUCCAUGAUGGAGAGGAUCGGGUUCAAGAUGGUGUUACGUGGGCAGAAACAGAUCAGACUGUUCCAAAGACAAUCCUGAUCCGUGACGAUGAACAUCAGGUUCAAGGUCUAGAUGGCGGUACAGGGAGAGAAACAGAAGAGCCACUUCAAGAAACAAGCCUCGUCCAUGAUGGAGAGGAUCGGGUUCAAGAUGGCGUUGCAGGGAGAGAAACAGACGAGGCACAUCCAGAGACGAGUCUGACCCAUGGUGGAGAAUAUGAAGCUCAAGAGCCUCGACACACAUCAUGGCUUCUCCCAGCUUGCAAACUGAUAAUUCAUCUGAUGACGAGGGCAGAAAAUCCGUUCCUUGUUUGAACACAGACCUACUGACCUUAUCUCUACUCCCUUUGGUGAGAUAUCAGCAUCGGUAAUAUCAGCAACAGUAUAUAAUUAUGGACAGAAUAAAACGCCAAACAUCGAUCAGACCACACGAUACUGAAGAGACCGCGUAUAUAACGCGUUCUGCACAUUCAGCGGACUCAACUCAAAACGAAGGACAGCGAUAUCUUCUCGCCUCGACGUCUCCAAAUCCUAACAUUGCGAUCAGCCUGGUCAGUGCCAAGACAACCUUUCUCUAGCGCCUGGUGUACCCGUCGAUGAUUAUAUGCCAGCAUCUGACAUGUGUGACAAUGACCGUUAAACGUUGGUCUGGUCGACGGUAGCUAUAGUGUGUAUUGGCACCUCGGGAACUGGCGAACUGUUUCACCAGUCUGUUGUGGAAUCCAAACUCAAUCGAGCAAUUUGGUAUCACAUACCGACCAUGGACCAUGUCUAUCUGACGUCACUUCCGUCCGCUUCGUGAACGAUCAUCUGCUCUGUUGGGCCAACUGAUGACGUUCCUGAAGCAUUAACAUUGUGGAAUGAUGGACACCAAGAUGUCUGGAACCUCGCAGCCUCCUCCAUUCAUCUUCAGUCAGACCGACAGUUAUAUUGGUCAUUGUGCUUUUGUGUGUCAACAUUAAAUUCAAACAGCUAUUAUUUGAGAGCAAGGUCAAGGUACCCAAUGAAUUAACUGAAAUGGUUCUCUUCUGGUCAUAAAGAUUGCACCACCUUCCUGGCAUUUUCUGGAGACCUACGUCCUGGUGAAUAUUAUUUCAUGGAAAGUAAAAUUAAAUGUUGUCUUAUUAAAAAUGUAAUUCAUUUACAUAUUUUCUAUUUUAAGAGUUUUAUGUACAUGUAUAUACAAAAUGUAUAAGAUAUCUGAUCUUUAACAAUAUUCAUCUCUUGUUCAUCACGUUAUUCCUUUUACAAAUAUCUAUUGUAGUUUGUUUUGGGUAUUUUGUUGAAUAUCAAGAUUUCAAUGUUUUUGUCAAUCGUUAUUCCUAUACGUUAUGUCCUUUUGCACUGUUCACCUCUAUAAAGAGUAACUUAAUUACUAUACUUAUGUAAUUAUACGUAUCCUGAAAAUGUUCCUAGAAGAUAUUUCCCAGUUAAGGAGAUUAUAAACAAGUAAAGCAUAUCGUCUUACUUUAUGACGUACCCAUGUCGCAAUGAUAUUGGAUAAAUUGGGUAUAUCCUGCAUGGGUUCAUCUCAAGAUAUUUCCGAAAAAGCAAUUACAGUAGACUACGGUUAUAUCGAACUCAAAAGGACCUCUAAUUUUAGUUUGGUUUAACCGUAGUUCCUUAUACUUAUUUUAUGAAACAAAACCCUUUGGUAUAUCCUUCUGUAAAACGUGCAUGUACAUGCAGUUUACUGUAUGUGCUUACAUUAAACUCGGCAUCUACGCCUCUUCCAGCAAUAUUUGUGGGUUUUUUUAUCAGAGAUAAUAUCUGUAUUUAAUUAUAAAACUCGUUAUUCCGGUAACUCUGUCUUUCCGACCACCUAUUUAAUCUGUGUAUUACUACAAAGGGACAAUACUUGGUAACUACUUAAUUUAGACACUUGUGAAUCCGUACAAUUUUAGACUGGUUUAAUGCAGUCCGGAUUAAUGGGGUUUCUGUUUAUUCUUUAAUUGUUCUUUGAAGUGACAGAACAAGUAUCAUGUUUUAGUCAGAGUUCAUAUCACUUCUAAUAUAGUGUGUCAAAGAAAUAUCAAAUCACGUUUGAGUGAGUGUGAUAUUAUGCCGCAUUUAGGAUUUUUUAAGCAAUAUCACGACACCAAUGAUAUACCUGAUAAAGUGUUCUAGUAGGCGUUAACUAACUCUCAAGAUCCAUAUGUCUUUCAGUUUGACAACCCUCUUUAUACUUUGUCAGUGCAUAUUUAGACAAUAUAACAUGUUUACGUGUUAAUUAGAUAUUUACUCAGAUACGAUGUCAGAGCAAUAUUUCAUAGUGGUAUUGAACCUUGGUUUAUGACGAUAUUGGGAUAUGUACACAGCAGUGUUGUAAGCCUAAGCCUUGCGUUUGUAGAUCGGAACUGUCUGAUCCAUAUAAUUUUAAUAUUUCUGUGAUUUGUUUGCAAAUAUUGUAACAGAACCCAUUAUGUUUUGGUAAUUUCCAUACGUAUGGCAGAAUAUUUGUUGAUUUUAUCCAUGUAAAUAUACAAGUGAUAUUUUGUAUGAUAAUCCCGUGAGUGGAAUAAACACAUACAUGAGUGGAUAUUUACAAGCACG